CGCUGCCGCCCGCCUACAAAGCCACAGGCAGGUGCAGGCGCAGCCGCUGCGCGAGCGGGCAGAGCGGACCCUUUAGGGCGCGCGCCAUCCGUGUGUCUUUCCGUCGGUCCAUCAAUUCGAGCAUCAGUCCGUCGGCGCACCGCUUCUCCCGCCCAGGCCCCAGCGGCCCCGGCCCCUCGUCGUCCCGCACCCGGAGCCGCCCGCCAGUGACGGCCUUGGAGCGGCAGCCAUGUCCAUGGGCCUGGAGAUCGCGGGCACCUCGCUGGCCGUCAUGGGCUGGCUGGGCACCAUCGUGUGCUGCGCGCUGCCCAUGUGGCGCGUGACGGCCUUCAUCGGCAGCAGUAUUAUCACGGCGCAGAUCACCUGGGAGGGCCUGUGGAUGAACUGCGUGGUGCAGAGCACGGGUCAGAUGCAGUGCAAGGUGUACGACUCGCUGCUGGCGCUGCCUCAGGACCUGCAGGCGGCCCGCGCCCUCAUCGUCGUCGCCAUCCUGCUGGCCGCCUUCGGGCUCCUUGUGGCGCUCGUGGGUGCCCAGUGCACCAACUGUGUGCAGGACGAAACGGCCAAGGCCAAGAUCACCAUCGUGGCGGGCGUGCUCUUCCUGCUGGCCGCCUUGCUCACCCUCGUGCCGGUGUCCUGGUCGGCCAACACCAUCAUCCGGGAAUUCUACAACCCCUUGGUGCCAGAUGCACAGAAGCGCGAGAUGGGCUCAGCCCUGUACGCGGGCUGGGCGGCCGCGGCGCUGCAGCUGCUGGGGGGCGCGCUACUCUGCUGCUCGUGCCCGCCGCGCGAGAAGAAAUACAAGCCCGCCAAGGUCCUCUACUCGGCGCCGCGCUCCACCGGCCCGGGCACCGGCACCGGCACAGCCUACGACCGCAAGGACUACGUCUGAGUGAGCAGCCGCGGGAGGCCUGUACCACUCCCACGAGAUGGCGCGCCCACCAGUCCUGCGUGCGGCCUUGCAUCGGAGACCAGCCGACCCAGAUGCCAGGCAACUCUCUCGCUGGACUGGGAGGGGACCUCCCGGCGCCCCCUUCCCCAGCUGCCACCCCUCCUCGGGCCGGGGAGCGGGAUUGCAGAGCCCACGGGCCAGCCAGCAUGGACCAUGAAACCUUGCCCCUCUGGAGCGCGGAGCUGGGGUGACUGCCGCUACUUGUUCGCCCCGUCGGGCUGCGGCCUGACAGCCCUCGUUGAGCAGGGACCCGCAGUCUUGAAAAGGGCCACUUGAUAUUUUUCAAUAAAAACCUUUCGUUUUGCA